AUGGCUCCACCCACGCCCUACCAACGCGGUGGUCGUCAAGAUGCCCGCUGGGCUGAACCUGGCCCCGGGGUCGACUCUACAGGAACCGGUAGGCAGGGUUCCAGAAGUCAUCGCCUCGGCAUGCGUCGU